GCGUACAAAGCAAUAGAGCGCGUGGCGGACGCGCUAGGGCUGCCGCUUGACCAAAUCGACGCCGUCUGCAACGCGGUCGAGGCCGCGACCGCCAGCGGCAUUCGCGCGCACCGCUUCGUCGGCAUGGCCUACCGGCGGCUGCGGCGCGCGUGCCUGGCGGGGGACGCAGCGAAGGCGCGUGCGUGGAUGGAGCAGACCGCGGCGGGCGGUGGCGCGGGCGGCGCGUGA